UACACUGUUAUCCUCAUCUGGACUGCUAGUCUGCACCGCGCCAAUUCUAGGAUGUUUGCCUCAGUUUGCACAUUGGAAGCCUGUUGUCUAACAUUCUGGUGCUCCCCGCAGUGUUCACUCUGCAGCUGGCUUUGGUAUGCGUCACUCGCGCAGCUCCCGUCGGACAAGGUCUGAUGAGCGACUCGGAGUUAUCACGCGUCAUGGAAGGAGCGAAGAGUUUGGUGCGGAAGGUUCUGAGCGACAUUCCAGUGGUUCACGAAUCUUGCGUCUCUACUCAGGGCUUGACCCUUGAUCCCUCUGGAGAUUCCAUGAAUCUGGAGUAUAUGGUCAACCUACUGGAGAUCCCCUCUGCACCCAAACUCAAGGCCCUUGCUGCAGACUUCACUUUGGAGAUGAGCCUGAACCACAUGGCGGAGGGCCUGCGCAUGUACAGUGGGCUACUGCAGGUGGUGUCGGGGCGUGUGGCCUCCUCGCAGACCGUCGCUGACCUCCGGGCCGACAUCAACGACCUGCAGGCUCAGGUGCAGAAGAUUCAGGUGCUGUCCCACGUCUCGUCCGUGGAAGCCCAGACCGACGUCUCUGGCCUGUCUUCUCGGCUGACCAGUGACUACGAGGUGCAGGUGGCCACCCACGUCAUCCUGGCCCACCUGCGCAGCUUCUCCCAGGACGCAUUCCGCAGCCUCCGCAACAUCGCACACACCAGUAGCUGAAGUCGCCCCCCCGGGGUGCAAUCUCACCACUGCUGCAACACAGCUGGAGUUAAGACUCAGGCUCUAAACUGAUGUUGCUGUUGCUGCUGCAGUGGAGAAUGGUCAUUUGAGGACUCGGUUAACACUUAGACCUCCAUUUUAUUUUUUAUACUGUUUACGCAGAGGAAUGGUGUUCCAGAAGCAAAACGUUUUGGAAAGAAGAAUAUCAAUAUUUUGGAGAUUUCAUUUUUGUUUUUCCCAAUUGGUGCCCUCCCAGAAUAACAUUUAACAGAAUACUGCAGGCUGCUAUUUUUGAAGUGCAUGUCAGUUUCAGAGAAGAAGGAAGAUAUGCAAUCCCAGCUGGCUCAUGAGAGUCGCCCCUUGACCUGGAGGAGAAGAUCAUGCCCUAAAGCCCCAUUCACACAUGCCACAAUUCACUCGUCGCUUGUCGUCUCAAAAGGUGAAAUUAUUUGAACUUUAUCGCUUGCGGUCUGAAUGGGGCUUUACAGAAGAAUUUGACACUAGCCCGAGAGGACGGCUCUUGCUGGGGGCUUGUCUGUUGAUCAAACGCCCCCGUCAAGGUCUAUGGCUGAAAGUUGCACUAUCUAAGGGCAAGAGGAGUCUCUCAUGAAGAAUUGCCCCUUUUGCCCCUCUUCAGCUCAAACAGCCCUUUUUCACUCUCCGCCAGCCCCUUCUUCCUGCCCCAGUAUUCCUCAGCCCUACCAAGAGAAUUUUUAAAAUGUGCUUAAUUUAUUUACAUGUUUAUUUAUACACUAUUUAAUGCAUUCUAAUAUUUUAGAAUAUUUAUACUAUUUCUGAUAUU